AUGAGUAAGCUCGCCGUCGACACCCUCAACGAGGCCAUCGAGGCCAUCCUCACUCAGUCGAAGGAAAAGAAGAGGAAUUUUGUAGAAACUGUGGAGCUUCAGAUCUCGCUCAAGGACUAUGAUACCCAGAGGGACAAGCGUUUCAGCGGUAGCGUAGUGCUGCAGAACGUUCCCCGUCAGCGCCUUCGCGUCUGCGUGUUCGGUGACCAGGUGCACUGUGACCAGGCCAAGAGCCUUGGAAUCGAUUACAUCGACCUUGAGGGUCUCAAGAAGUUCAACAGGAACAAGACCCUCGUCAAGAAGUUGGCCAACAAGUACGGUGCCUUCCUCGCCUCGCAGGCGCUCCUGCCGCAGAUUCCCAGGUUCCUCGGACCCGGACUCAACAAGGCGGGCAAGUUCCCCACCCAACUGACCCACAGCGACAACAUGGAGGACAAGGUCAGGGAGAUCAAGGCCAGUGUCAAGUUCCAGCUGAAGAAGGUGCUCUGCAUGGGUGUCGCCGUUGGAAACGUCGAGAUGUCCCACGAGCAGCUGAGGGCGAACAUCGUUCUCGCCAUCAACUACCUUGUCAGUCUGCUCAAGAAGAACUGGCACAACGUGCGUGGUCUCACCAUCAAGAGCACCAUGGGUAAGCCGCAGAAGAUCUACGGCUGA